AGUUUGCACUAGAUACACUCGAUCGCGCCGAAAACUCCUCACAUGGCGACGGCAUGCAGUAUUAGCCUCGUCGGAUUCCUAAUAUGCUGCACGGCGGCCGCGGUCACGAUCGCGGCGGCCCCGCCGCCCCCCGAUCGCGCCGGCGACGUGGCAAAUGGUCCUUGUUGCGUCCUGCCGUUUUGUGUUAACAGCCGACGAUGCUAUCAGACCAUCAGUUGCGGUCAUCUCUGCGCCGAGGAGUCCUUAAAGAAAGAGUUUGUUCCGACUCCGGGGUACAAAAUUAGAGUGUCUUACUUCAAGAGGGAUUGCCGAUUGGAGGGAUGCAAUGAAAUGCAUUUCGAAUGCAACAAAUGCCCUAAUCCCAGCGACAGCGAUUUUAGCAUACACAGGGUAGCUCUACGAUGCAGAGACUGCUAUUACAAGUAAUUAAGAACUUUAUUUAAAUAUACAUAUGUGCAGUUAUUGUUGAUAUAAACAACGUUGUUAUUAUACCAUUUGAAGUAAUUGUAAUUCCACA